AUAUUAUGGUGGAAAUCAAUUUAUUGAUCAAGUUGAAACUUUAUGUCAACAAAGAGCUCUAGAAGCAUUCGAUUUAGAUAAGUCUAAGUGGGGUGUAAAUGUUCAAUCAUUGUCUGAUACUAAAAAGAUAUCGGCUGUAUCUGAGUAUUUUGAGACUGUGCCAUAUAGAUUGAGUGAAAAAACUGGUAUAAUAGAUUAUGAUGCUCUUGAAGCCACUGCCAAGUUAUAUCGUCCAAAACUUAUAAUUGCUGGGGCCAGCGCUUACCCAAGAAAUUAUGACUAUGCGCGUAUGAAAAAAAUUACUGAUAAAAUAAAUGCUUAUUUGAUGGCUGAUAUUGCUCAUAUAAGCGGUAUGAUUUCAGCUGGUGUACUGCCUUCACCUUUUGAAUUUGCUGAUAUUGUUACAACCACAACACAUAAAUCUCUUCGAGGUCCUCGUGGCGCUAUGAUAUUUUAUAGAAAAGGUGUUAGAAAAGUUGAUAGUAAGGGUAAAGAAAUCCUCUAUGACCUUGAAAAUCCUAUUAAUCAAUCAGUAUUUCCUGGUCAUCAGGGAGGUCCACAUAAUCACACUAUUACUGCCCUUGCUGUUGCACUGAAGCAAGCUAAAUCCCCAAUUUUCAAAGAAUAUCAACAACAA